CGCAUCCCUCCGCACAUCUUGGUGAACUGGGCGGUGCAGAUCGCCCGCGGCAUGCUCUACCUGCACGACGAGGCCAUCGUCCCCAUCCUGCACCGGGACCUCAAGUCGAGCAACAUUUUGUUGCUAGAGAAGAUGGAACACGAUGACAUUUGUAAUAAAACUCUGAAGAUUACAGACUUUGGUCUGGCUAGAGAGUGGCACAGGACAACUAAAAUGAGUGCAGCAGGGACUUACGCAUGGAUGGCUCCAGAAGUUAUCAAGUCCUCCAUGUUUUCUAAAGGAAGUGAUAUUUGGAGUUACGGAGUGCUGCUGUGGGAGCUGCUUACAGGAGAAGUUCCAUACCGGGGCAUCGAUGGCCUUGCUGUGGCUUAUGGAGUUGCUGUCAAUAAGCUUACCUUGCCCAUCCCAUCCACCUGCCCUGAACUGUUUGCAAAACUAAUGAAAGAAUGCUGGGAGCAGGACCCUCAUAUCCGACCAUCGUUUGCCUUAAUUCUUGAACAGCUUACUGCCAUUGAAGGGGCAGUUAUGACUGAAAUGCCUCAAGAGUCUUUCCAUUCCAUGCAAGAUGACUGGAAAUUGGAAAUUCAGCAGAUAUUCAAUGAAUUGAGAACUAAGGAAAAAGAGCUUCGAUCACGAGAAGAGGAGUUGACAAGAGCAGCUCUUCAGCAGAAGUCUCAAGAAGAAUUACUUAAGCGCCGUGAGCAACAGUUAGCAGAACGUGAGAUCGAUGUACUAGAACGUGAGCUGAAUAUCAUGAUAUUCCAGUUAAAUCAAGAGAAACCCAAUGUAAAGAAGAGGAAGGGCAAAUUUAAAAGAAGCCGGUUAAAACUUAAAGAUGGACACAGAAUUAGUUUGCCUUCAGAUUUCCAGCACAAAAUAACAGUGCAGGCAUCUCCCAAUCUGGAUAAGAGGAGGAGUUUAAACAGUAACAGCUCUAGUCCAUCAAGUAGCCCCACAAUAAUUCCUCGUCUUCGAGCUAUACAGUUAACUUCAGAUGAAAGCAACAGAACUUGGGGAAGGAGCACAACUUAUCACCAAGAAGAGUUUGAAGAUGUGAAGAGAAAUUUCAAAAAGAAAGGUUGUACAUGGGGACCAAGUUCAGUUCAAACAAAGGAUCGUGCAGAUUGUAAGGACAAAAUAAGACCCCUUUCAGAUGGCAGCAACCCUUGGUCAACGCUUUUAAUGAAAAAUCAGAAAGGUGUUCCCUUAGCUUCAUUAUUUGUGGACCAAGGUGCCUGUACUGAUAAGAAACUACUCCCUGAAGGUUUGGACAGUAAAAGACCAAAGCCAAUUAAGUUGGCGAAUCAGGCCUAUAUAAAUCUACCUCUUUGGAAAGAUGAUCAGGGAGAGAAUACUGUAGAACAUGAGAGUUUUGAAGAAGGAACCUCUGCUAGUUCAACAAAUAGUACCCCUCAAAUGACCCCUACAAACAGUCUGAGCAGGACGCUGCAGAAAAAGAAGACUGAUUCAGUGCUGUAUGGGUGUGCUGUCCUCCUUGCAUCUGUUGCCCUGGGCUUAGAUAUCAGAGAGCUGAACAAAUUGCAGGGUCCAGAUGAACUCUUGCCUAAGGAUGAGAAGAAGAAGCGUGAGGGAAUAUUUCAGCGUGCUUCGAAAUUUCGCAGAAGUGCCAGCCCUACAAGACUGCAGUCCAAGAAAGAGGAAACGACUAUUCCAUCCCUAAAUCCAGCUGCAAAUACUGUGAAUCUUCUCUCUAUGCCCUCCAUUUCCACAAAAUGCCUACUUCAACCUGACAGUGAAGAUGCGUUUAUAAGCACCAUACUUACUGAUUGUGGUCCAUGUAGUUCCACUGAUGACUUUUCAUCUGAAACCUCUGAAAGUAAGAGAGAACAGAGGAUACAGCUGGGUCCUAACACAGUUGCUGCAGGAUUAAAAAAUCAACAUUAUAAUCUUUGUCUGAAACAAGAAUCUCGAAAUGUGCCAAACGAUUCCUCAAAAAAGUUAAGUGUGCUGGGUCACAGAAGAGCGUUAUCAGAUGGGAACAAUUUUCAGACCACAGCAAAUGGAUUUGCUUCAACCAAUGAUGUCUCCAUGUUACCCAUUCCAUCAGUUACCGGAAUUCUGCACUCUCCAUCUGUUCAAGAACAAAGCAAUCACAGAGGUGCUUCAGCCGAAAAGCAAAGUGCUGUCAAUAUUAUAUCAAGGCCUCGACCCUCUGCUUUAAGAAGUAAAAUUGAUGCAUGGCAGAUUAUUCCACGUAUUGUUAAACCAAACUCUAAAGACUCUGAACAUUUAGAGGGCAAUGUAGAUCCAGAUGUUAACUUCUUGCCAGAUACUGAGGAAAGAACUAACUGCCACACGCCCUCAUUACUUGAUAUUGAUGUGGAAGGUCAAAACAGAGACUGUACUGUGCCUUUAUGUAGAAUGAAGAGCAAAACUUGCCGGCCAUCUAUAUAUGAACUGGAGAGAGAGUUUCUGUCGUGAGUGCCUUUCAGUUUCAAAAUGUUUGCUUUUUAAAGGGGAACAAAUAUAAAAUUCUUGUCC